AUUGCUUUAAAACGAUAAACAGCUGCAGCCCGGAAAUUUUGUUUGUAAAUUGUUUUAAAUUGUUUGCGUGUUUAAGCCGUAGCAAGAAAAAUGGCAAAUGGCAAACCUGAAGAAUGGGUUGACAUUUUUGCAGCAAACGAAGUCAUUUGGGUGUCAGAGUUACACGGUGCCCGGGAAAAACAGAAUGCCUGGCGCACACAAAGCAUAAUGCUGGGCCAAGCAACGCGGCACUUGGAUGAUACAAUCCACUAUGCAGUAAACACAGAGCACUUGGAAAAACUGGAACGCAACAGGAGCACAGAGGAAAUCCUUAAUCAGCGCGUGGAGCGCUGCCUACAGACACUGAACGAGAGCCGUCGCCGUAGCACCGGGAAGCCCAUGGAGUUUAAAAUGCCGCCGCCCAGCUCAUUUGAGCCUCUUUGCCAUGGCUGCUAUGAGAGCUGCAAGUACGAUGAAUUGACUUUAAGCGAUUUGCAAAAAUUACGCAUUGAUGGGGGAACUAAUGAGAAUGUGACGCGCAAUCCAAUCCCACGCAAUGCAGCCACUGGACCCCCAGUAGCUGCAGCUAAUGUUCGUGUCAACGGCAGACAAGCUCUACCUGCCGCUGUGCAAUCGGAUCCGAAUUGGUUAGGCUUUCGCACUGCACGCGAACAACAAGAACUGGAUGAUCUAAAGAAAAAUAAACCUCAUGGUGUGAGCUUGCAGCCAGCUGCCGCGCCAGCCGAUUUGAUGAAUUACAGAAAGAAAAAACUUGGUGGACGUCGCACUGUGCAUUCCAACUAUGUGCCGCCCAUGGAGCAAGGGCAGGGACAGGGACAGGGGCAGCAUGAGAACCACAGCACUGGCAGGUCCAGUGGCAGCGACAUUCCUGCCUCGCUGUCACAUCUCGACGCGCAAAUGGUCGAGCAAAUAAUGGGCGAGAGUCUGCAAAAUGCCAAGAAUGUCGCCUGGGAGGAUAUUGCCGGCUUGGAAUCUGCUAAAACCGCAUUCAUGGAGGCCAUCAUCCUACCGCUGCGUCGUCCCGAUUUAUUCAUUGGCGUACGCUCGCCCCCACGUGGUGUGCUGCUGUUUGGUCCGCCCGGCACCGGCAAGACACUGAUUGCGAAAAGUAUUGCCUCGCAGGCCAAGGCCAAGUUCUUUGGCAUCAAGCCCUCCACGCUCACCUCCAAGUGGGUGGGCGAGGCCGAGAAGCUGGUGAAGACUUUGUUUGCCGUCGCCAUUGCCCAUCAGCCAGCUAUAAUCUUUAUCGAUGAGGUUGACUCUCUGCUAUCGAAGCGUUCGGGCAACGAGAACGAGAGCACAUUGCGCCUGAAGAAUGAGUUCCUGAUACACUUGGAUGGCGCUGCCACCAAUGAUGAGCAACAGAUACUGGUAAUCGGUGCCACCAAUCGUCCCCAGGAGCUCGACGAGGCUGUGCGUCGACGCUUUGUGCGCCGCUUGUACGUGCCACUGCCCACCAAGGAGGCGCGACAGCAAAUCAUUGAGAAGAUAAUCGCACAAGUGACGCACAGUCUUAGCUCAGCGGAGUUCAGCGAGCUGGCCGAGCUUACUGAUGGCUAUUCGGGCGCUGAUGUGGAUAGUCUAUGUCGCUAUGCACUAAGAGCUCCGCUGCGUUCGCUAAGUCUUGAGCAAAUGGAGACUGUGCAGCUGCAUGAGCUGCCUGCCGUCACCAUGGAGGACUUUAAACAGUCGCUGAAAGUAAUUUCCAAAAGUGUUUCGCAGGAGGAUUGCCAACGUUUCGAUGAAUGGAAUGCAUUGUAUGGCAACAGACACUGAAAUGAAGAGAGCAAAGCAAGCCUGGAACAAGGCUUCUCUUCAAACUUCGAAGAAGUAAAUCCUAAAACGUUUCCUUAGUUUCUUGCUCUUUUUUUGUUUUUAAUAAUACUCUGGAAAGUAUGCAUAAACACGAAGUAAGAACUACU